ACGCACACAUACUUGUAUCUUAUCGCUCUUUUCCCGUACCAUCAAUCAUACGCUUUUCCACCUCAUCGCCUGUCUGUUUAGUAUUGCCGUCGACGUGACGGCCUUCCACCAUCAUGUCCAACAUGUUGACUGCGUGUCGGCGAUUAGCAGGUCCGCGUACUCGACAAACUCUCGCUCUAGCUAGGUAUGCCAGUACAAGCACUAAGGAAAAAUUUCGAGUGCUUGUUAUCGGAGCAGGUUCUGGUGGGUUGACUGUCGCCAACCAGAUAUAUAACCGCUUCAAGGCUGCCGGAAAGCCUUUGAAUGCAGGGGAUGUGGUGGUCCUUGAUGCAGCAGACUAUCACUACUAUCAAGUAAGCGCUCAGAAUCAUUAACCUGCUCAUGUGAGCUACCUUUUGAUGGCUCCUCCUUUCAAGCCUGGCUGGUCUUUGGUCGGUGCUGGUAUUAGCCCUAAAACAGACUUCAGACGACCGCUCGCAUCCCUAUUCCCGCCACAUAUUAUGCACAUUGCAGAGAAUGUCAAGUCCUUCCAUCCGGAAUCCUCAUCAGUCACGACAACGUCAGGUCGGACAAUUUCAUAUGAUUCGCUUGUAGUGGCAGCAGGUUUGAAGAUAAACUGGGACGGCAUCGCUGGCUUGCCCCAGGCUCUCGCUGAUCCUUCCUCUGGUGUUUCCUCAGUAUACUCCUAUGAUACCUGCGACAAAGUCUGGCGCGACGUAGAUGCUCUCAGGUCCGGAAAUGCUAUUUUUACCCAACCUGCAGGUAUCAUUAAAUGUCCAGGGGCUCCGCAGAAAAUCAUGUGGAUGGCCUGGGACAGAUACCAAAAAUCUGGGCGAGGAAAUAACAUCAAAAUCGACUUCAUGAAUGGCAUGCCAUCCAUGUUUAGCGUCAAGAAGUAUUCCGAUGCCCUAAACGCCAUGCGCAUCGAGCGAGGUGUCGGAGCAGAGUUCCAACAUAACUUAAUUUCCAUCGACGCGGCGAACAGGAAAGCAACUUUCAAGAAGACUGACGGUUCGACCGUGGAUCGUGAUUUCACCCUCCUGCAUGUCACACCGCCGAUGGGACCGCUAGACUUCAUCAAAGGAUCGCCCAUUGCUGAUCCAGCGGGCUGGGUAGAAAUCGAUCAGGCAACUCUCAGACAUGUCAAGCCCGAGUUUGGAAACAUAUUCGCUUUGGGUGACUGCUCCUCCCUGCCCACCAGCAAAACGAUUGCUGCCAUCACAUCCCAAGCCCCUGUCUUAACGGAAAACUUGUUUUCGGUCAUGGACACUGGCAAAGUGAGCAGUGCCAAGUACGAUGGCUACACCAGUUGCCCGCUUUUGACGGGGUAUGGGGAAUUGAUGCUAAUCGAGUUCAUGUAUGGAUUUGUGCCUAAAGAGAGUUUUGCCAAAUACCUGGGCGAUCAGACCAAACGGAGAAGAUUAUUCUAUCACUUCAAAAGGACCUUUUCCCUUGGGCCUACUGGAGUCGUAUGGUUGACGGGAAAUGGUUCGGCCCCUCGGGACCAUUCCGUCCUAAGUUUGUGUGACAAUGACAUUAAGGAGUUAUCGGAAACAAUAAUACCCUCAGUUUCAUGAAUAAAUUGAUUAGACGACUGGAUGGCCCCUUCGUAGUUGCUGGCGCCGUUAUAUUCGUAAUACGAAAGAUCACUCGACGAAUUUCCGCGGCAUCGUGAGCAUUGCCUUGAGGUACUCCAGCGAGGACCGACAUCCC